ACAGCAGUGAGAACUACAAUCUACAACCAAAUAUGAGUCAAGACCAACAACAAAAACAUCCCAUAACAUACGGGGAUGUAUUUCCCGUUUCCGGCGAUUUAGCGACGAAACCGGUGGCACCACAAGAUGCAGCCAUGAUGCAAGCGGCUGAGACCACGGUGUUUGGACAAACCCAGAAGGGUGGCACCGCUGCCGCCAUGCAGGCGGCUGCUACCGUCAACGAACGAGCCGGGUUAGUUAGCCACCAAGAUUUGAGUGUUACCGGUGAUCAAGGAGUUACUGUUACUGCUACUGAGCUUCCUGGUGCCCGUGUCGUCACUGAAACCGUCGCUGGCCAGGUGGUGGGGCGGUACGUGGAUGCUACACCGGUACUCCAGCAAGGCGGCGACGGGGUGGGAGUUCUUCACCAACAGAGCGCUAUAACAAUCGGAGAAGCACUCGAAGCUACAGCAAGAACUGCGGGGGACAAAACGGUGGAGCAGAGUGAUGCUGCCGCAAUUCAAGCGGCAGAGGUCAGGGCUACUGGUAGUAAUGUAUUGAUCCCCGGCGGAUUAGCAGCUCAAGCUCAAUCAGCUGCCACUUUGAACACAUCUACACGCCAAGAAGAUAAAGUCAAACUUUGUGAAAUCCUUACGGAUGCGACGGUGAAACUUCCGGCGGAUAAGGCGGCUACGAGGGAAGACGCGGAGGGUGUGUUGAGCGCGGAGAGGCGGAACACCGCUGAUAUGACGGCUCACCCUGCUGGAAUAUCGGCAUCCAUCUCAGCUGCUGCUAAUCUAAACGAGAUAGAGCAUGUUAGCUAGUUUUAGUUUGUUUCAAAGUGUAUCGAGUGUCGUUUGAUUUGGGUUUUCGUUAUUUAAAGUGAAAUAAUGUUUGUACUAGGUUAUAACCCAGUGUAUUACACGGGUUAAGUAAAUAAAAAAUCAAAUAAUUAAUAAUGAAGAUUUAACAAUUAG